UUGACUUGCUUCGAUCCAUUCCAUCCACUCAACUCAAGGAAGAUCUACUGUACUCCCUCCCAUACUAGCCGAGGUUCGUUGGGUAGGAUAAGAUCAUCGAUGGAGGAGGUGUGGAACGACAUGUCGCUGUGCUCCACCCCGCUCGCGCUACAGUCGUACCACCUCCACUCCCCGGCCGCCGCUCCCUACCGCGGCGCCGCUGUCUACCCCCAGGACUACCUGGCCGGCGCGCCCCGCACGCCGCCGUCUCACACGGCGCUCACCCUGGAGUUCACCUGCCCCGGGGGGACCGGCGCUGCCAACACGGCCACCAGCUCCGGCGACGACCCAGCCGGCUGCCACUUUGGCUUCUCCGCGUCCGGAGGCGGCACCAGGAGGGCCGUGGUCCAGCCGGCGCCGGCGGUGGGCGGCGACCGGCGGCAGCGCCGGAUGGUCAAGAACCGGGAGUCGGCGGCGCGGUCGCGGGCGAGGAAGCAGGCCCACACCAAUGAGAUGGAGCUGGAGCUGGAGCAGCUGCGCCGGGAGAACAGGAUGCUUAUCCAGCGCGAGCAGGACUUCAUCAACGAUCGCUUGGCGAAAGCGGCGCAGGUAGCCGUCCCCGACUGCAGCAGCAGCAGGAGGAACACUAGUAGUACCCUCCAGCAGCAGCAGAGGUGCCGCUCCGCCCCUGCACCAUGA